CCUGGCCUCGCCGCUAAAGCCUGGGCCCAGGCGGGCCCUCAGCGGCGCCGGGGGUGUCCGCGGGCCUCCCGGGAGGAACUGAGCCGCGUCCCCAGCCCGCGGGUGUCAUCCGGCUCCCGCCGGGCCUGGUGACACGGGCGGGAUGGGGACGCGCUGGGCCCAGGCCGCGAUUCGGCCUCCAGGAGCGCGGGCAGCCCCGGGCGCUUCGGGGACGCGGCGCGAUCGUGUCCCGGCAGCCCCGGGGCUCUGUCGGGGCCGGGGGUUCGGUAGGGCGGGGUGUGCCCUCCCCGGCGUGGAAUAAAGUGUUUUCCUUGGUGCCGCUCUUGUGCUCGAGUCCCGGCCUGGGGGAGCCGGCUCGGUACUCGCGGCGGCCCCGUCUCCCAGCCCGCACGGUGCCUUCGGGGACCUCUGCGCUGGCUCGUCGUGGUUCUGCUCGGGGAAGCGGUGUGAGGCGGGUAGCGCGUAUCCUGCCCUGGCUCUUGGGAUUUAUUUUUAUUUUUCCUCUCUCUUUUUUCGAGGAGUAGUUUAAGGUGACAGUUCUUCCCGCAACCCCUCUCCAAACCGGGAGAGAAGCUGCCUCUCCGGUGCGGACCAGGAUCCUGUCCCAGCGACAGCUCGUUGCUGGCCGGGGACUGUAAAUCACCGCAGGUACCGGGGGAAGGAGCUUCCCUCCCGGUCCAGGCCCAGCUGUGGCCGCCGUUGGGAAGGAACUGGGGGCUCGGAGUGCUCGGGGAGCCCCAAAUCCUGCCUCACGCUGGGGAAAAGCCGCAUCCCCUCCCUGGGCCAGGCGGGAGGCCGCUGUGGGAACGGGAACCGAAACCGAAACGGAGCUCGCAGCCAUCUUGCUGGGCUGACGGGUUGCCUGCAGCCUGCCCGGCGCCGCCUCUUCUCCCCGGGAGAUGUUCUGCGGUUCAGAGUUUCUUUUUUUCCGUUUAUUUUCUCACAAAAUAAGGGAAUUUGAGGUAUGGAUGAGACUGAGCAGGCACCUGCUCAGGACAGCAGAGUGAAUCGCAGCUCCCUUUCUUCUGGCGCGCAGGUGGCCCGAUUCACGCGUGUGUCCUAGCAGUGCGCUAUGAACAGAGGCACUGGUCGAGGCAGAGGCUCAUAUCUUACUCAGUCAAGACAUAAAUGCCCCAGCACUAAUCAAGUUUUUUUUAACCGUCCUCAUCCCCCACGAGAAACUAAUCAGUUAAACUUUUUACACCACCAGUUCCUAACAGAGCAGGACACUGAGGUCUGUUUGCUUCAGGGACAGGGAUCAUACCAAAACUCACGCGUCAGAGGCGUGCGAGCUGUGGCACCGGCUCCUGCAGAGAGAUGGCAACCCAGCUGCAGCAGAGGAGGAUGGCAUAGGUUCUCCAGCAAGCGUCCGUGGGUAGAAACUUUGCCACGUUAUUGCUCUUCUCAGUACCAUUGUCAGGACUCGGAGAGAGAUUCUGACACAAUCAGGCUGAAUUUCCAGAGACUGUCUCUUGCCGGGCAAGACUGCGAACAAGAAAUUCUGACUAUUUUCAGGCAGCUUGGGGAGGGGAAGACUUGUACAGUUCAUGAUCUUGCACGUAAACUUAAAAGUCAAAAGAAAGAGGUCAACCGGGUUUUGUAUAAACUCUUCAGAGAAGGCAAGUUGCGCAAAGGUGGAGAGACGCCGCCGCUGUGGAGGAUUGCCAGCCCACGCGCAGGGAGAGAAAGAAGCCCCGCUGACCACAGCGGUGGUCACGCAGAUCCAGCUUCUGAGAGCAGAGAGGAGAGCAGCGCGGUUGGCUCAGGAGGCACCGAUCCCAUGAUGGCUGAAACGAAGGACAAAAUCUGCAACUAUUUGUUCAGCGUGGCAGAAACAACGGCGCUCAACCUUGCCAAAAACAUUGGGUUUUCGAGGGCCAAGGAUGUUAAUGCCUUUCUUAGCGCUCUGGAAAAGCUGGGAGAUGUCCACAAGCAGAACACAAGCCCCCCACGGUGGUCCCUGACAGACAGGAAACGUGAGCGGAUGCAGAUGAGGCUGAAGGCCAGCACGGUAACACAGGCAGCGGAUCCCACCGGUCUUCCACUUUCCUCCGUUCCUCCGUGUCCCCAUGAGAUGACCGUAGCUUCACCAGCAGCAACAACAUCAGAAGAAGAAAGUAUAGGAAGCGAGCAGCAGCCUUUGGGGCAAACUGAUCGGAGCGAUGCCAGCGACAUGGAAGCAGCCCCAGCUGAGGAUACGAAGCUCGAAUUUUCCAGUUUGAGUAAUUAUGAUAACUCCGAAAAUGGCAAGUGGGCCACAGAUGAUAUCCCAGAUAAUCUGAACACUAUCAACAAGCAGCCCAAUGAGUCAGAAUCCAUCAUGAAUUCCCAGUCUUCUCCCAGUUACACCGCCCAGUUUGAAACUGCUUUCCCGUGUACGCCCGUAGAGAAGCUGAUGGCUUGUCAGGAGAAGAACCCAGUGAGUGGCCUUACCGAAUAUUCCCAGUACACGUACCAGCACUGUGAGUUUGCCAUGCUGGAGCAGAGCGGACCCUCUCACGAGCCACGAUUUAAGUUCCAGGCAGUGAUUAAUGGGCGCCGAUUCCCACCGGCAGAAGCAGGGAGCAAAAAACUCGCUAAACAGGAGGCAGCAGCUAACGCUAUGAAGGUCCUGAUGAGCGAAGCGGAGAACGGAAGACAGGGUGGAAUUAAAUGUGAAGAGCCGUUUCCCUCUGACAACUCUGAACUGGAAUUGCCUUUGCAUCCAGAGCCGGAGCCAUCGUCGGUGCCAGCUCAGCUCAACCUGCUUCCUGGGAAGCACCCUAUCAGCGUGUUAAUGGAGUACGGACAAAAAUCAGGGAACACGAUUGAAUUCCAGCUGCUCUCUCAGGAAGGCCCACCUCACGAUCCGAGGUUCAGCUACUGUGUGAAAAUGGGUGACCAAAUUUUCCCUGCUGUGGUAGGAAACAGCAAGAAGGGAGCAAAGCAAAUGGCAGCAGAAGUUGCUGUGAAGAUUCUUUCUGGAGAGUCUGUACCCCAUGUCUUGCCUGAACAGCCUGUCGUGAAGCCCCACAGUGACCAGUCCACGCACAGCUGUGGACCUUGGAUCGCCACUCUGGAUGAAUCCAAGGUGGCGAAAGCAAAGGGCAUUGGGGAGCUCAUCAAAUACCUUAACGCCAAUCCUGUCAGCGGCCUGCUGGAAUACGCCCGCUCCAAUGGCUUUGCUGCAGAGUUCAAACUCAUCGACCAGUCAGGACCUCCCCAUGACCCCAAGUUUGUCUAUCAGGCGAAGGUUGGAGGCCGCUGGUUCCCGGCUGUAACUGCGCACAAUAAAAAGCAGGGCAAGCAGGAGGCAGCUGAUGCAGCACUCAGAGUCCUGAUUGGGGAAACAGAGAAGAUUGAGCGCGUGGAAGGGACGAACAUCACUGAGCUCCCCGUGAGCGGCAGUACGCUACACGAUCAGAUGGCUAUGCUGAGCCACCAGCGCUUCAACACCCUCACCGCUCGCAUCCAGCACAGUCUGCUUGGGCGGAAGAUCCUGGCUGCCAUCAUCAUGCGGAAAGGAAACAAGGAUCUGGGAGUGGUGGUCAGCAUCGGAACGGGUAACCGUUGCGUGAAAGGGGAAGAGCUGAGCUUGAAGGGGGAGACAGUGAAUGACUCCCAUGCAGAAAUCAUUUCUCGAAGAGGCUUUGUGAGGUUUCUUUAUAGUGAGUUGAUGAAGUAUGACCCGUCUAAUCCUUCCUCUGCAGAAGAGAGCAUUUUUGAGCCAGCAGGAGGGAAGAAACUCAAAAUAAAGAGCGAUGUUACCUUCCACCUCUACGUCAGCACAGCACCUUGUGGAGACGGGGCACUCUUUGAUAAAUCCUGCAGCGACCAGGCGAGUGUGGUGGGGCAAGCCCAGCAUCAACCUCUCUUUGAGAACCCCAAACAAGGCAAACUGCGGACCAAGGUGGAGAACGGGGAAGGUACCAUUCCUGUGGAGUCGAGUGACAUUGUGCCCACGUGGGAUGGGAUCCAGCACGGGGAGCGGUUGCGAACCAUGUCCUGCAGUGACAAAAUCUUACGCUGGAAUAUACUUGGCUUGCAAGGGGCAUUGUUGUCACACUUCGUGGAGCCGGUUUAUCUCAGCUCUGUUACACUUGGUUACUUGUACAGUCAGGGUCAUUUAACACGUGCAAUCUGCUGCCGCGUUGCGAGAGAUGGGAACGCGCUGCAGGAAAAGCUCCGGGCUCCGUAUCGCGUUAACCAUCCCGAGGUUGGGCGAGUCAGCGUAUACGACUCUGCAAGGCAGACGGGCAAGACGAAGGAGUCUUCAGUGAAUUGGUGUCUUGCUGAUGAAAGCGAAGUUGAAGUCUUGGAUGGCACAAAAGGGAAAGUAGAUGGACCGAAGCUGGAGGUGUCUCGUGUGUCCAAGAGGAAAAUGUUCGCCCUGUUCCAGCAGUUGUGCGCCAAGAACAACUGCAGAGACCUGCAGAACCUCUCGGUGUACUCGGAUGCGAAGGAGGCAGCCGUGGCGUACCAGGAAGCCAAGCAGCGCUUCUUCAGCACGCUGGAAGAGAUGGGCUACGGCAGCUGGAUCCGCAAACCCCAAGAGGAAGAUAAUUUUUCUUUCCUCGAUGCAUAAUGAGACGCCCCGUGCCUGUGGGGGGGUGAGCGUGCACAGGCGUGUGCAGGGGUGUCUGCGUUCUUUUUCCACCACCUUCUUUGUGAAGUGGAACUGGGAGUGUGCAGCAGUUUCCCCCGUAGGCCUGGCUGCCUUCUCUCUGCUGUUGUCACUCGGACUCUGCCCUUUCUCUUUUUAAAACAUGCAUGAAAAUUCUUGUCUCUUUUUUAAACUAGGGCAGGCUCUGUCCCCAUUUGCUUUUAUGGUUUUUUUGUCUCCUCUUUUUUAAAAGAAGGCACAAGAAACCAGAGGGAUUCUCAGACUGUGAGCUUGAAACCUUUGGACCGUGCACUACAGAUCCCUCUGGCAGGUUUUGAGGCAAAUUUUCUCUUUUGGAAAAAAAAAAACAAAAAAAACACAACCAAAAACCAAAACCAAACUGACUGGCUGGUCUUAACGUGUCUCUGUCGAAAGGUGGCUGGCAGCCCGGCUGAGCUGGGAUGUGGGACUGAUCUCUGCAAGAAGGACCAGCAGAACAUUCCGCGUUAAUAAUAAAAAAAGAAAAUUUCUG